AUGUCGGCCACUCCAACCCCGCCGUCGCCCAGUAUUACCGGCCAGGAUAUCUUGAGCCAGACAUUCGCAAAGCGUCCGAGACACAAGCGGACGGCUACUGGCUUUGGAUCCCGCGAGAUCAAGUCUUUUGAGUCGAGCGUUCCUGAACCUCUUCGUAAUCUGUGGAAGAAGUUUGCUGCCACUAACUUCAGCAAUAAAGAACAAUUCCAAAAAGAAGUCGUUCACCAUGUCGAAACAACCCUUGCUAGAUCUCUAUAUAACUGUGAUGAUCUUGCCGUAUACUCGGGUGCUGCCCUUGCUAUGAGGGAUAAGCUUAUCAUCGACUGGAACAAGACCCAGCAAGCCCACACAUUGGCUGACCAGAAGCGAGUCUAUUACCUGUCCCUCGAAUUCUUGAUGGGCCGAACCCUCGACAACGCCCUACUAAACCGAGACAUUAAGGGAUACGCAGCCGAGGGUGUUUCUGAACUUGGCUUCCGCAUGGAGGACCUUAUUGAACAAGAACACGAUGCCGCCCUUGGAAAUGGUGGUCUUGGUCGUCUCGCUGCCUGUUUCUUGGACAGUUUGGCUUCUCUUAGCUACCCAGCUUGGGGUUAUGGCCUGAGAUACCGAUAUGGUAUCUUCAAACAGGAGAUCAUCGACGGUUAUCAGGUCGAGGUUCCAGAUUACUGGCUUGACUUCAACCCAUGGGAGUUCCCAAGACACGAUAUCACUGUUGAUAUCAUGUUCUACGGCUACGUACGUCGCUACACCGAAGAAGAUGGUAGCACUGUCAACAUCUGGGAAGGUGGUGAAGUUGUUCAAGCUCUAGCUUAUGAUGUUCCAAUUCCCGGAUACGGAACCUCAACGACCAAUAACUUGCGUCUCUGGUCCAGCAAACCCUCAACUGGUGAAUUUGACUUCCAGAAGUUCAACUCCGGAGACUAUGAAAGCUCGGUUAGAGACCAACAGCGAGCCGAGACAAUCUCGGCCGUCCUUUAUCCUAACGACAACAUCGAUGUCGGAAAGGAAUUGCGUUUGAAGCAGCAAUACUUCUGGGUCGCCGCAUCCCUCUACGAUAUCGUUAGACGUUUCAAGAAGUCCCACCGCGCAUGGACUGAGUUCCCACAUCAAGUUGCCAUUCAGCUUAACGACACUCACCCAACUUUGGCGAUCGUUGAAUUGAUGCGCAUCCUUGUUGACAAGGAGCACCUCGAUUGGGAUACCGCAUGGAACAUUGUCACCGAAACUUUCGGAUACACAAACCACACCGUUCUCCCAGAAGCCUUGGAGAAAUGGUCCGUCCCACUCUUCCAAAACCUUCUCCCACGUCACCUCCAGAUCAUCUACGACAUCAAUCUGUUCUUCCUCCAAAGUGUUGAAAGACGCUUCCCCAAGGACCGUGAACUCCUCGGCAGAGUCUCCAUCAUCGAAGAGAGCAACCCUCAAGUCAUCAGAAUGGCUUACCUCGCUAUCAUCGGUUCCAAGAAGGUUAAUGGUGUUGCUGAGUUACACUCUGACCUCAUCAAGACCACUAUCUUCAAGGACUUUGUCAACAUCUUCGGACCUGACAAGUUUACCAAUGUUACCAAUGGAGUUACUCCACGAAGAUGGCUACACCAAGCCAACCCGCAAUUAUCUGCUCUCAUCAAGGAGAAACUUGGUUCGUAUGAUUUCUUGAAGGAUUUGAGCCUCCUCAGCGGAUUGGAGAAGUUCGCCGACGACAAGACUUUCCAGAAGGAGUGGAUGGAUAUCAAACUCCGCAACAAGCAGCGUUUGGCCAAAUACAUUAAGGAUACCACCGGUAUUUCGGUCAACCCGAGCGCUUUGUUCGAUAUUCAAGUCAAGCGUAUCCAUGAAUACAAGAGACAGCAGAUGAACAUCUUCGGUGUCAUCAGCAGAUACUUGUCCUUGAAGGCUAUGACUAAGGAAGAAAGGGCCAAGCAGGUGCCGCGUGUUUCCAUCUUCGGAGGAAAGGCUGCUCCUGGUUAUUGGAUGGCCAAAACCAUCAUCCGCUUGAUCACAGCCGUCUCCGAGGUUGUCAAUAACGAUGCCGACAUUGGAGAUCUGCUCAAGGUUGUCUUCAUUGAAGACUACAAUGUCAGCAAGGCUGAGUUCUUGUGCCCCGCUUCAGAUUUGAGCGAGCAUAUCUCAACUGCUGGAACUGAAGCUUCUGGUACCAGCAAUAUGAAGUUCGUGCUCAAUGGUGGGCUUAUUAUUGGUACUUGCGACGGUGCAAACAUUGAAAUCACCCGAGAGAUCGGUGAGGAACGUAUCUUCCUCUUCGGCAAUCUUGCUGAGGACGUCGAGGACCUACGCCACGCCCACCGCUAUGGCAAGACCCCGAUGGACCCCUCCCUCAAGGAGGUCUGCGACGAAAUCCAAAAGGGUACAUUCGGCGAACCCGGUGUCUUUGCCGGUUUGAUCCACGCCUUGACCGAAGGUGGUGACUACUACCUCGUCUCCGACGACUUCGCAUCCUACCUCUCAACUCACAAACUCGUUGACGAGGCGUUCAAGGAUACCGCUGCCUGGGCACAUAAUACCAUCGUUGCAGUAUCCAGAAUGGGAUUCUUUACCUCUGAUCGUGCGAUCAAUGAGUAUGCAGAUGAAAUUUGGAAUAUUGACCCCGUCAAGGUUGAUUGA